UUAACCUCUUCACGCCGGCCAAACACAAAUGUGCGGCCUCCCAAUGUCUGGGCCUAGACGCCGAGCGGCCGCACAUUUGUGUUCUAUUAAAAAAGGACAUAUGUGCCGAGAGCACGCCCCCUGCACGCUCUCCCAGCACACAUGUCCGGUACUCACGGAAAGGUCCCGAUCUCCUCUUUCGAUCGGGACUUUUCUUGAUCAUGUGACCGUCGUGACGGCGCAUCACGGCGGUCACAUGACCCUAAACCCUGCCCCGCCUCCUGGCUUCUGGAACCCUUAAAGGGCCGGGAGGCGCCGGUGUGAAGGGGUUAA